GUUGCCACUAAUGGGAUUAUUGCAGUGAAUGAACCUUCAAGUGAAGAAAAAUAUCUUGGUCAAUUCCCAGUCAGUUUUGGGGCUAUUGCUCCAUUUAUGGCUGAUCUGGACACAACAGAUGGACACGGAAAUGUGUAUUACAGAGAAGAUUCAUCCUCAGAUGUCUUGCAACUUGCAUCAGACUAUGUCAAAAGUGGUUUUCCUGAGACUACUUUUGAUCCCACCAGCGUUGUCAUUGUUACCUGGAAGCUCGUGGCCCCUUACCAGGCAGCUGGAGAAGAUCAUGCUUUGGAAGAAAAGAGAAACACGUUCCAGGCUGUUUUAGCUUCUUCUGAUUCCAGUUCCUAUGCUAUUUUCCUUUAUCCAGAAGAUAGCUUGCAGUUCUAUAGUACAUACUCCAAGAAUGAAGACGGAAAGAUUCCUGCUAUGGUUGGCUUUAGUCAAGCCUCUACAAACUACUACUUUUGGGAAAAGCCAGGAUCCUACAAUGUCAUUGCUAAUGACGAAGACAGCAUUAGAAACCUGCACAAAAGCAGCAAUGCUGGGAAACAAGGUGUCUGGGUGUUCGAGAUUGGUAGCUCAUCUGACAGUAUUGUGCCUGCCAAGAUCAGCAGUGUUUUGGAGAGCCUAGAGUCCAAUGAACAAGACCAGGAGAUUACUUCAAAACCAUUUAUGUUAGACUAUGGCUCUACUGAAAUAAGACAGCAGUAUGUUACCAGCAGUACAGACAGCGCAGAAGAGGAUCAGCACCACAUUACGUAUAGUGUUCCUCAGUUAGCUGCAGAAGACUUUCUGACUUCAUACCAAGAUGUAACUGGAACACCUUCGACUGAGUCUUUUUACAAUCAUCAAGAUUUCCCAACAGCAAAAGCUCCACCUCACCAGUUCCACGUCCAGCAGUUCCCCCCACAGCAACCCCAAGUCAUUGAUGUGGAAGAAUUUGAUGAAACUGGUAUAGUGUUUCGUUACCACACAGAUGUCCAAGAGACCUGUGCUAACAACCGCCACCGGUGCUCUGUUCAUGCUAUUUGCAAAGAUUAUCCCAAUGGAUUUUGUUGCAGUUGUAUUGCUGGUUACAAAGGAAAUGGCAGACAAUGUGUAGCAGAAGGUUCUCCUCAGAGAGUCAACGGGAAGGUCAAAGGAAAAAUCUUUGUAGGAAAUAACCCCGUUCCAGUUAUAUUUGAGAACACUGAUCUCCACUCCUAUGUUGUGAUGAACCAAGGGCGUGCCUACACUGCUAUCAGCACAAUCCCAGAGACUUUGGGGUAUUCGUUACUGCCUCUUGCCUCUAUUGGGGGCAUCAUAGGAUGGAUGUUUGCUGUGGAACAGCAAGGAUAUAAAAAUGGAUUCAGUGUUACUGGUGGUGAGUUUACACGGCAAACUGAAGUAACUUUUGUUGGCAACAAUGAGAAGCUGGUUAUAAAGCAGAAAUUCAGUGGAAUUGAUGAGCAUGGUCACCUUACCAUCAGCACAGAAAUGGAGGGCAGAAUACCUGAGAUCCCAUCUGGUGCAUCCGUCCAUAUAGAACCGUACACUGAACUCUAUCACACUUCUAGUUCUGUGAUCACUUCAUCGUCCACGAGGGAGUACACAGUGACAGAGCCAGAAAGAGAUGGGGUUGCUUCCACGUACACUGGCACCUAUCAGUGGCGACAGACCAUCUCAUUUGAUGAAUGCAUUCAUGAUGACUCUCACCAUGCUGCUUCUGCUACUCAGCAGCUCUCAGUGGACAGUGUGUUUGUCCUGUAUAACCGAGACGAGCAGAUUCUACGAUAUGCUAUGAGUAAUUCCAUCGGCCCAAUCAGUGAUGGUGCUGCUGAUAUUAACCGAAAUCCUUGCUACACUGGUACCCAUAACUGUGACACCAAUGCAUUAUGUCGUCCAGGAACUGGCAGUCGUUUCUUCUGCGAAUGUUCGAUUGGCUUCCGUGGAGAUGGAAAUGUUUGCUAUGAUGUUGAUGAAUGUUCAGAGCAACCAGCUCUAUGUGGCAGCAAUGCAGUCUGCAAUAACCAGCCAGGCACCUACCGCUGCGAGUGUGUUGAAGGAUACCAGUUUGCAGCAGAUGAGCGGACUUGUGUUGCUGUUGAAUAUGUCGUAAACCAUUGCCAGACAGGCACACACAAUUGUGACAUUCCUCAGCGUGCUCGGUGUGAGUACACCGGGGGGUCUGCCUACAUCUGCACAUGCCUCCCUGGCUUCUCUGGAGAUGGGCGUGCCUGUGAGGAUGUAGAUGAAUGUCAGCAAGGCCACUGUCAUCCAUAUGCUUUCUGCUACAACACUCCUGGGUCCUUCAGCUGCCAGUGUAAGGCAGGUUAUCGUGGGGAUGGUUUCCAGUGUGUGUUAGGAGGUAUACUCAAAAAGAAAGUAAGGAACGAGGACACCAAGUUGUGUG